AUGCCACAGCUAAUUGAAGAUAAGGAUAACGUAUUGCCAGAUUUAAUGCAUAACGCAGGCGUUACCGCUAUGCCGAAACGUGACAGCACACAACGAAUGUUCGGUCCACCUAAGCCCCCAAGGCUUGAAAAGAAUCAUCUAGAUAGAAAAGAAGUUUCAAGAUCUAAUUAUAAAACAGAUGAAAUGCAUAUAGACAGAGAAGAGUUAGAUAGCAAAAUAGAUUUCGAUAACAUAUCACGAGUUGUUGACGAGCAGAACAGAGAAGAUAGAGGAUUGGGUGAUGGAAGGUCGGCAAACGAGACACAGGUUCAAAUGCGACGCGCCGCUCGGCGACGCGAGCCUCGAAGACACACUUUACAGAACGGUGUCGAUUAUAACCUUUUAAAGAGGAUGAAACAAAUUGAACAAGAAAAGGAUGUUCUAUUGCAAGGAUUAUCGGCAGUUGAGGAAGCCCGUGAAUGGUAUUUGAAGCAACUUACUGAGGUCCAAGAUAAAAUGCGUUACGCAGGAAGAAUGGGGACGUACGUGGAGCCUUGGAACGAAGCACAUCAAGAAAGAUUAGAACUGCUUAGAGCUCGUGUGUUAGAGCUGAAUAGGCAACUUAGUGCAUUAGCAGCGGGGUGGCGUCACGGGCCACUUUCGUUACACAUGAAUCUAGCUCUACCAACAGCACUUCAAAACUCGCAUCCUAGCACGCCUAAUAAUGCUACAGUACUUAGAUCACAAAACCGUAUGCUUGCAGAGGAAGUUAAUCGUAAAAACGAGAGGAUAUCAGUUCUGGAAAGGGAAAAGUCUGCACUCAUAAGGGAAUUACUUCUUCAAAGAAACAGAACAAAGCUAAUGGAUAACUACAAU